AUGGACAUGGUUGAGCUCAUUGAUGAUGGAGACCAGUUCUUUGAAAGGCUUUGAGAUGUGAUUGAUAAUGCAAAAAUCUGCUGUUGGAUUCUCACAUAUCAUAUAGGAAAUGAUUUAAUUGCAAACAAAACAUUAAAGAAAUUAGCUGAUGCUGCAGAAAGAGGUGUAAAUGUUGUCUUAAUGGUAGACUGACUCAAUUAUUGGCCAAACUAUGCACUCAUAAAAGAAUUGGAAAGCAAAGGUGGUACUGUUCGAGCUGUAAACCCUAUGGACCCAUGGAGACGCUAUAUUGGAGGCCAAGAGAUCUUUUCAAGAGAAGUUUUUGAGAGAUACCACGAAAAAGUAUUUGUUAUUGACGAUUUAAUGAUAAUUGGCUCAGCAAAUCUCGAUUCUGAUUAUGGAGGCGCGAAAUACGGAAACAGCAAUUUUUAUGAUCUGAAUAUAAUUUUCAAAAAGAAAUGCAUUGAAGAAGCACAAACUGCCUUUGAUAUCUUAAGCACUCGCUAUGAUUGGUAUUUAAAGAUACCAAAAAUUGAGGAAAUUCCUGAUGAAAAUUAUGAAAUUUUAGUAUCUGAGCCUUAUUAUAUGAGGUGAGAAAUCCAAGAGAGAAUUUUGGAUAUGAUAAAAAAUGCCAAAUCCAAAAUUACACUUGUCCAAGGAUAUUACUAUAAUAUCCCCAAAGUUACCAAAGCUCUUAAGCAAGCUAUUGACAGAGGAAUAGAAGUUGAUCUUCUGACAUCUAAAAAAAGAGACCAACCAGUCUACAAAUUCUUUCUGAAUUCAUGGCUUACAAAGCAUUUCAAAGAUAUAGGGGUCAAUGUAUAUGAAUUCGAUGAGCAAGUGCUACACAUGAAAGCUUAUAUAUGCGACGAUCGCGAGUUUACUAUUGGUUCCUUCAACAAUGACAUAUGAAGCUGGCAAAUCAAUAACGAGCUCAACCUCUACGUAAACGAUAAAGUGCUAACAAAGCGCUUAAUAGAUAUCUCUAACAAAGUAAAAUCUCGAAGCACACCUGUACAGUACCGAAAUCAUAUAGAAAAUUCCUGGGGAUAGCGCGGAAAUACGCUAUCCCCAGGACCAACCGGGAUCGGAUCCCACAUGGAACGAGGGUUCCAUGUGUGGAUCCAUUUUUGACACGUGAAAGUAAAUAUCUCACAUGUCAAAAAUGGAUCCACACAUGGAACCCCCGUUCCAUGUGUGGAUCCGAUCCCGGUUGGUCCUGGGGAUAGCGUAUUCCGCGCUAUCCCCAGGAAUUUAGUAUACUUUUAAAGAAAUGCUCUAUAUAAGGUUUUGGGAAGUUUUCUAUUUUUUAUCGAUGAAAGCUAUGGAUACUGCUUCAGAGUACAAACUUUACUUUGAGCAAGCAUUUAUCAAUGAUUCUAAGCCACUUGCAGUUAAACUGGAGAAAAAAAGAGAAAAAGUCAAGAAGAAUAUGUACAACUACUUCAGUUUAAUAAAAUUUGAUUUAUAUGAAUAA